AUGCCCGACCCUGCUCUCAUACCAGCCGUAAAGCUACAACAAAUAAUCGUGGACGAUAAACACAAAUUACUGUAUUGUCAGAUGCCAGGGGUGGCACAAAACGACAUCCGAAAAAUGUUGCUUUAUCUUAGUGGUGCCACGAAGGUGAAAAGCCAUUUAGACAUUUCAGUGAGCGACAUCUUCACAAAAUACAGCAAAAAUCUUAAAAAACUUAGUGACUUCUCGGGACCUGAGAGAAAAAAGAGGAUUCAAUCCUACUUCAAAAUGUCCUUCGUUCGUGAACCUUUAGAGCGAUUGUAUUCGUCGUACGAGAACAAGAUACACGCUAAAUGGAGUACGUAUUUUCAUUUGAAUUUCGGUACCAAAAUCAUCAAAAAAUACCGGAAGAAGCCGUCGAAGACGUCAUUACAGAAGGGAAAUGACGUCACGUUUCCCGAGUUUGUGCAGUAUGUAGUUGAUGCAGAACAGAACGACGAGGAUCUUAACGAACAUUGGGAACAAUAUUAUAAACAGUGUCAUCCUUGUAUCAUGUCGUACGACUUUAUAGGAAAAUAUGAAAGUUUAAACAGCGAUAUUGAACAUGUUUUAAACAAAAUACACGUGCGCGAUAAAUUCAAGGGAGACUUGGUGUCGACGAAUUACACGUACACGAAACAGACUUUAACUAAUGCGUAUAAAAAUGUACCUGAGAGUAAUUUAAAGAAACUAUGGAAGAUGUAUUAUCCUGAUUAUAAUUUAUUUAGUUAUCCUUUCCCGGAUGUUUUAAGAAACAUUGUCAAAAAUAACGAUUUUCAGGAUUACUGA